GUAAUACGUAGGGGCUGGCUAGCCGCCAUCUUGCUUCUUUUUCUCGCUCGCUCUCUCUCCCUGCUCGGGAAGAAGCGAAAGUGCUUUGGCGGUUUGUCCAUCUGCAGCUGCGGCUCCCCCAGCCCGGUGGUCCUGCGGCCACCGCUGGCCCCAGCCUCCUCUCGCCCUUCCUUGGAUCAGAGCUCGGCCGAAGCCCUCGAAGUGCGCACACACACUCAGCUUGACACCCUGGCCGACUGGUUUUAAGGGGUGUGGCAGGAGGUUUUGGACUCGAUGAGUUUCCACCGAAAUGUCGGAGAAGUCAGGCCAGAGCACAAAAGCAAAGGAUGGGAAAAAGUAUGCGACACUCAGUUUAUUUAAUACUUACAAGGGGAAGUCAUUAGAAACUCAGAAAACCACAGUUGCAGCUCGACAUGGAUUACAGAGUCUUGGAAAAGUUGGAAUUUCACGGCGGAUGCCUCCCCCUGCUAACCUUCCAAGUCUCAAAGCAGAAAACAAAGGCAAUGACCCUAAUGUGAACAUCGUACCGAAAGACGGCACAGGGUGGGCGUCAAAGCCAGAGCAGCAUGAGGAAGAAAAAACACCAGAAGUUCCACCAGCACAGCCAAAACCUGGGGUUGCAGCUCCCCCAGAAGUAGCACCUGCUCCCAAAUCAUGGGCCAGUAACAAGCAAGGUGGGCAAGGAGAUGGAAUCCAGGUGAACAGUCAUUUUCAGCAAGAAUUUCCGAGCUUGCAGGCAGCUGGGGAUCAGGAAAAAAAAGAAAAAGAAGCAACCGAUGACAACUAUGGACCUGGACCUAGUUUACGCCCACCAAAUGUUGCUUGUUGGAGAGAUGGCGGUAAGUCUGCUGGCCCACCCUUAACCUCUGACCAAGAUGAAAAGCUCCCUGGCCAGGAUGAAAGCACAGCUGGAUCAUCAGAGCAAAAUGACAUCCUCAAGGUGGUGGAAAAGAGGAUAGCUUGUGGUCCUCCGCAAGCUAAACUCAAUGGACAGCAGCCUGCCCUCACUUCCCAGUACAGAGCCAUGAUGCCUCCCUAUAUGUUUCAGCAGUAUCCAAGGAUGGCGUAUCCUCCUCUUCAUGGUCCCAUGAGGUUUCCACCUUCUUUAUCUGAAGCAAACAAAGGUCUUCGAGGAAGAGGCCCGCCUCCUUCGUGGGCCUCUGAGCCUGAACGCCCCUCCAUCCUUAGUGCAUCAGAGCUGAAGGAGCUCGAUAAAUUUGAUAACCUAGAUGCUGAAGCUGAUGAAGGUUGGGCAGGUGCCCAGAUGGAAGUAGAUUAUACAGAACAGCUGAAUUUCAGCGAUGAUGAUGAGCAAGGAAGUAGUAGUCCUAAAGAAAACAGCAGUGAGGACCAAGGUUCAAAAGCCUCUGAAAACAGUGAAACCCGAAAAGAAGCAGAUGAAGUGUGCAAUACUAAAUCGUCAUCUCAGAUACCUGCCCAGCCACCAGUAGCAAAAGGUCCCUAUGGGAAAGGACCACCAUUUAAUCAGGAACGUGGACCAUCUUCCCACCUGCCACCACCUCCAAAGCUGCUUGCACAGCAGCAUCCUCCUCCAGACCGACAGGCAGUACCUGGAAGACCAGGCCCUUUCCCCGCCAAGCAGCAAGUACCUGACGAAGAUGAAAUAUGGAAGCAGAGAAGAAGACAGCAGUCAGAACUUUCUGCAGCGGUGGAACGUGCUCGUAAACGGCGUGAAGAGGAAGAGCGAAGGAUGGAAGAACAGAGGAAGGCAGCUUGUGCUGAGAAAUUGAAACAGUUGGAUGAAAAGCUUGGUAUCGUGGACAAGCAGCCAUCUCCGGAGGAAAUCAGAGAAAGGGAGCGGGAAAAGGAACGGGAGCGGGAGAAAGAACUCGAAAAAGAACAAGAACGGGAGCGAGAGAAGGAGAGGGAAAAAGAAAGGGAGAGGCUGCAGGAGAAGGAGAAAGAGCUGGAGAGAGAGCAGGAGAAACAAAGAGAAAUGGAGAAGGAAAGAAAGCAAGAAAAAGACAAAGAACUAGAACAGCAGCCGGAAAAGGAAAAAGAACUAGAACUGCAAAAGACGAAAGAACAGGAAAAGGAGGGUGAAUCGGAGAAGAAAGAAAGGGAGAAAGUGGAGGAAAAAAUCGAGCACAAGGAACCUGCUUUAGAGCCUCUGGUAGAAAAACCAGAAAGUGAAAGCAGCACUAAUAAAGAGGGUGACCCCGUUUUCACUAGACAAGACAGCAGUCGCGGUGAGAAAGAGACCACACAAGUGGCACACGAAACGGAACCAGAGUCAGGGUCUCAACCUCGGCCUGCUGUUUUAUCUGGGUAUUUUAAACAGUUCCAGAAGUCCUUACCACCACGGUUCCAGCGGCAGCAGGAGCAGAUGAAACAGCAGCAAUGGCAGCAGCAGCAACAGCAAGGUGUACUUCCACCGACGGUCCCAUCGCAGCCAUCCAGUGGCGCUGUCCCUCCUCCCCCACACAGGCCUCUUUACCAGCCAAUGCAGCCCCACCCUCAGCACUUGGCAUCCAUGGGUUUUGAUCCAAGGUGGCUCAUGAUGCAGUCGUACAUGGAUCCAAGAAUGAUGUCAGGUAGAGCGGCCGUGGACAUCCCUCCCAUUCAUCACGGAAUGAUUCCUCCUAAACCACUGAUGAGAAGAGAUCAGAUAGAAGGGUCACCAAACAGUUCUGAGUCAUUUGAGCAUAUAGCUCGAUCUGCAAGAGACCAUGCAGUGCCCCUCUCAGAGCCGCGUCUGAUGUGGGGGUCAGAUCCCUACCCUCAUCCUGAGCCUCCACAGGCCGCCACUCCCCAGGCAGCGGAAGAGCCUGAGGGCGUAAGGCCCGAAGCUCCGUUGGCUCAGGAACAGGUUACUGCUGCUUAUCCUGUAGAACACAGUCGGCCAGAGCCUCGUCCCAAAGCGGACUUUGCUAGAGAGCCAAGUGAGACGGAAGUACAGAAGUUUUUAAGCAGGUCUGUGGAAGACAUUAGACCUCACCCCACGGACUCAAGCAGUCAGCCUGCUUGUUUUGACGUCCUUGAUCAAAAGACUGCAACUGCCCCUCACGAAGAGCGGCCUGCAGCUGGGGAAAGUCAGCCUGCCCGGAAAAGGAGUGUUUCCCACGGGUCUAACCACCCGCAGAAAUCAGAGGAGCAGAGAAGCGAGCCGCCUGCCAGCAUUCCUAAGGUACCCAGCAGGUGCAUAGAACCGAAAGAACCCGCAGACAGGUCGGAGGACAAACCAAAAAAGGACGGCUUCAUACGGUCUUCCGAAGGACCGAAACCUGAAAAACUGUAUAAAUCCAAGUCGGAAACUCGCUGGGGCCCACGGCCAGGUUCCAACAGAAGAGAAGAAGGUAGCGAUCGGCCUGUGAGAAGAUCGGGUCCCAUUAAAAAACCUAUACUUAGGGAUAUGAAAGAGGAGCGAGAGCAAAGGAAGGAGAAAGAAGGAGAAAAGGGAGAAAAGGCCACUGAGAAAGUUGUAAAAGCGGAAAAAACGGAAAAGAAAGAUCCUGUCCCUGCGCCCCCAGCAGCCGCAGCACCGGCUCAGGCCCAGGCCCAGGCCCAGGCCCAGCCGGCCCCACCAGCGCCUCCGCCGGAACCCGACGCGCCCGGGGACAAGACGCCGGACCUGUCCAACCAGAACUCGUCCGACCAGGCCAACGAGGAGUGGGAAACCGCGUCCGAGAGCAGCGACUUCAACGAGCGGCGGGAGAGGGACGAAAAAAAAAAUGCCGACGUGAGUGCGCAGGCCGCCGCCAAGGCCGGUGACAGCGGGUCCCCGCCGAAGCGGGACGUGGCCAAGCGCAGUUUCUCCAGUCAGAGGCCCGGCGUGGACCGCCAGAACCGGCGCGGCAACGGCGGCCCCCCCAAGCCCGGCAGGAACUUCUCGGGUCCCAGGAGCGACAGGAGAAGCGGCCCGCCCCCCAAGGGCGGGAAGCGCGGGCCGUUUGAUGACCAGUCUGCAGGCACAGCGGGCGUCGACCCUCCCAGUGGCAGCUCCGCACACCAUCAGGAGGGAGCACCUAAUGGGACAGGACAGAAGAACAAUAAAGAUUCUGCAGGGAAAAAAAGAGAAGACCCCAAGCCAGGCCCUAAGAAACCCAAAGAGAAAGUGGAUGCACUGUCACAGUUCGAUCUCAACAAUUAUGCAAGUGUUGUUAUAAUUGACGACCAUCCUGAAGUGACAGUAGUUGAAGACCCACAGUCAAAUUUGAAUGAUGACGGUUUUACUGAAGUGGUAUCCAAAAAACAACAGAAGCGUUUACAGGAUGAGGAACGCCGGAAGAAGGAAGAACAGAUCAUACAGGUCUGGAACAAAAAGAAUGCGAAUGAAAAAGGACGAAGUCAGACUUCUAAGCUUCCUCCAAGAUUUGCGAAAAAGCAGGCUACAGGGACCCAGCAAGCACAGUCUCCAUCUGCAGCUCUGGCCACAGCUCCAGGUCCAGCCUCAGCCGCAGUCCUAACCUCACCCUCCACGCCACUACCAACGUCAGCCUCGGUGCCAGUGCCAGCUUCCACCUCAGCUACCACCCCCUCUUCUUCAGUUCCAGCUCCAACCCCCAUCCUUGCCUCAGCUUCGACCCCAGCCUCUGUCCCCAUCCUGACCUCAGCCUCAAUUCCCAUCCUUGCUUCAGCCCUGGCACCAACUUCAGCUCCAGCUCCAGCCAACUCAUCCCCGACCGCCCCAGCCAACUCAACCCCAACUGCCCCAGCCAGUUCAGCCCCAGUCCCAACUCCAGCCUCACUCCCAGCCCAAGCCCCACUCCCAGCCCCGUCUCCAGCCCUAGUCAGUGUCCCAGGUCCCACCGCCUCAGCCCAAACUCAGGGACAGACUCACAAACCAGUCCAGAGUCCACUACAGACUUCAGCACAGCCUCCAAAACAGCCACCACCUUCAAUUAGACUACCUUCAGCCCAGACACCUAAUGGCACAGAUUAUGUAGCCACAGGAAAGGCCAUCCAGACCUCACAGUCACAUGGCACUCUAGCAACUGAACUGUGGGAUAACAAGGUGGCCCCACCAACUGUGCUGAAUGACAUCUCAAAGAAAUUAGGUCCCAUUAGCCCACCACAGCCGCCUUCGGUCAGUGCCUGGAACAAGCCUCUAACGUCGUUUGGAUCAGCUGCUUCAUCAGAGGGAACAAAGAAUGGUCAAGAAAGUGGAGUUGAAAUUGGAAUUGACACAAUUCAGUUUGGUGCUCCAGCUUCAAACGGGAAUGAAAACGAAAUUGUUCCUGUGCUUUCAGAAAAAACUACUGACAAAAUACCCGAACCUAAAGAACAACGGCAGAAGCAGCCACGGGCAGGCCCUAUCAAAGCCCAGAAGCUUCCGGAUUUGAGUCCAGUAGAAAACAAAGAGCAUAAACCUGGUCCUAUUGGAAAGGAACGAUCAUUAAAAAAUAGAAAAGUAAAAGAUGCCCAACAAGUGGAACCGGAAGGACAAGAGAAACCAAGCCCCACUGUCGUCAGAAGUGCAGAUCCUGUGACAGCAAAGGAAACCAAAGCAGCUUCCGAAAUGUCUGCUGAGAUAGGAACAAUGAUCUCGGUGUCAUCUGCAGAGUAUGGCGCUAACGUGAAGGAGUCUGUAACAGACUAUACUACACCUUCCUCUUCUCUGCCUAACACUGUGGCUACUAAUAAUGCAAAGAUGGAGGAUUCUUUGGUUAAUAAUGUGCCCCUGCCCAACACCCUUCCCCUCCCUAAGAGGGAGACUCUACAACAGAGCUCCAGCCUAACUUCAGUUCCUCCCACUACUUUCAGCCUCACCUUCAAGAUGGAGUCUGCGCGUAAGGCGUGGGAAAAUUCUCCCAACGUGAGGGAGAAGGGCUCUCCGGUGGCCUCUGCAGCGCCCCCCGUCGCCAGCGGCGUCAGCAGCGGCGCCAGCGGCCCGGGCACGGCCAGUUACAGCUCAUUCUCCAGCGCGUCGGUGCCGCAGAUCCCCGUCGCUUCGGUCACUCCUACGACAUCGCUGUCAGGUGCUGGUACAUACACUACCUCUUCUCUGAGUACAAAGUCCACAACCACGUCAGACCCGCCUAACAUCUGUAAAGUGAAGCCCCAGCAGUUGCAGACAGGCAGCCUGCCCUCCGCCAGCCACUUCUCGCAGCUGAGCUGUGUGCCCUCCCUGAUGGCCCAGCAGCAGCAGAGCCCACAAGUCUACGUGUCGCAGUCGGCAGCAGCUCAGAUCCCAGCUUUCUACAUGGACACCAGUCAUUUAUUCAAUACCCAGCAUGCACGAUUGGCUCCACCAUCGUUGGCCCAGCAACAAGGCUUCCAGCCAGGUCUUUCUCAGCCAGCUUCAGUUCAGCAGAUCCCCAUCCCUAUCUACGCGCCGCUGCAAGGACAGCAUCAGGCCCAGCUGAGCCUGGGCGCCGGACCGGCCGUCUCCCAGGCCCAGGAGUUAUUCGGCUCGUCCCUCCAACCGUAUAGAUCUCAGCCAGCCUUCAUGCAGAGCAGCCUGUCCCAGCCGUCUGUGGUCCUCUCUGGCACCGCCAUCCACAGUUUCCCAGCUGUCCAGCACCAGGAACUUGCCAAGGCGCAGUCGGGCCUUGCCUUUCAGCAGACUUCAAAUACUCAGCCCAUUCCUAUACUGUAUGAACAUCAGCUAGGCCAGGCAUCGGGCCUGGGAGGGUCCCAGCUCAUCGACACACAUCUCCUCCAGGCUAGAGCAAAUCUUACCCAGGCUUCAAAUCUUUAUUCCGGACAAGUACAGCAGCCUGGUCAGACAAAUUUUUAUAACACUGCCCAGUCACCGAGUACUCUCCAGCAGGUUACAGUGCCUCUGCCAGCAUCCCAGCUCUCCUUGCCUAAUUUUGGAUCCACGGGGCAGCCGUUGAUUGCUCUGCCCCAGACUCUGCAGCCCCCGUUACAGCACACCACCCCCCAGGCGCAGGCCCCCAGCCUGAGUCGGCCGGCACAGGUCAGCCAGCCUUUCAGAGGAUUGAUCCCCGCGGGAACACAGCACAGCAUGAUCGCGACCACCGGCAAAAUGUCCGAAAUGGAACUGAAAGCCUUUGGAAGUGGCAUCGACAUGAAACCAGGCACACCUCCCAUCAGCGGCAGAAGCACCACACCCACCUCUAGUCCCUUCCGGGCCACGUCCACCAGUCCCAGCAGCCAGUCCAGCAAAAUGAACAGCAUCGUCUAUCAGAAGCAGUUCCCGUCGGCCCCCGCCGCUGUGAGAAUGGCACAGCCUUUUCCCACACAGUUUGCACCCCAGAUUCUCUCUCAGCCUAACCUGGUCCCUCCAUUGGUAAGAGCCCCACAUACUAACACCUUCCCAGCGCCUGUUCAGAGGCCACCAAUGGCACUGGCCAGUCAGAUGCCUCCUCCGCUGACCACAGGCCUCAUGAGCCAUGCUCGUUUGCCACACGUAGCCAGGGGUCCUUGUGGAUCACUCUCUGGAGUCAGAGGUAAUCAGGCCCAGGCUGCGCUGAAGGCUGAGCAAGACAUGAAGGCAAAGCAGAGAGCAGAGGUGCUUCAGUCCACGCAGCGGUUCUUCUCUGAGCAGCAGCAGAGCAAACAGAUAGGAGGCAAAGCCCAGAAAGUGGACAGUGAUUCAAGCAAGCCUCCUGAAACGCUGACCGACACUCCUGGUGUCUGUCAGGAAAAAGCAGAAGAAAAGCCACCCCCCGCGCCCGCCAUAGCCACCAAACCUGUUAGAACUGGACCAAUCAAACCUCAGGCGAUCAAAACCGAAGAAACAAAAUCUUAAAAGGCUGUGGUUUAUUCCGGGGGGGCUGGGGGCGGGGAGAGGGGAAAGAGGAAGAAUGAAGUGAGAUGAUGCCCCCAGCCAGAGCGGCCGGCGGCCUCUGACAUUCUCCUUUCCAGAGCUCGGAGGUGCCCGGGGACACAGCGGCCGUUCACACUGACGCACAGCUGCUGUCAGCUUGCACCUACCGUACAACACGCACUCUGCCGAUGGCCAUGCGUCUUCAGUCAAUUUACAUACAAACACACACAUGCACGCAUUUCUCGAGUGGAUGUAAUUUAGAACUAAAUCCUUAUGGUUAGAUGAAACACCAGAGGUAAGAGGAAAAUAGCCCGGCCGAGGGAAAGCUCGGCCUGACCAGUGCGGAGGUCCCAGCCGAAUGCAUCACAUGUGGUUUCUUGGCUCCCUUCUGUCCUCCGGAUGUGGUGACAGCAUUUGUAGGCUUGGUGGUGAGACACUGAAGAUGACUGGGGCUGGAGAGAGGGGCCUUGUUUUCGAGUCUGGCAGCUUGCUGUGUUUUGUAACAUGGCGAUAGAGUUGAAUACAAUCAGAGUACAGUAACCGACCUCCUCUUCUCCCUGGACGAGCGAGCAGAUGAUGAAUUAGCGCUGCCCGCGUCCUGACAUACCCGAGCGGGCGGUGUGGGGCUCCUGCUUCUGUCUGAAACGAUGCUGUGUUGUGGCCAUGGUCGAAGCUCUGCAGUGCUGCUUGGCGUCUGCCCCGUGGCGCGCUCGCCGCUCAGACGGCGGAUCUGGGGAGGCGCUCGUUAGGCUGGGUCUUGCUUGCCUCCGCGUGGUCAUCUCUAUGAAUCCAAUGGGUUGUGGGUUUUUUUUUCCCCCCGUCUUUUUUUUUUUUGUCUUUUUUAAACGGUUUUUAGCUGAUAUUCGUGAGGAGCAGUGAGUACCUAGAACCGUGCCCCUGACGGAAGGAAAUCCUAGCUAAGAAGGCGCAUUCUUCGCCAGAGCCGUGUCGUUCCACCCUUUGGGCCCUCUGCUGGAACAAUAGAAUCAAGUCUCAAAUAAUGCCUUUUUAAUUGUAUCCUCUAGUACCAUAGACGUAGGACAGUACUGUACCAUACCUCUGUGAAUGUAAGAUAUCGUACCUGCUUCAUGAUACGUAGUAGUGACCGUGCUUUAUCAGAGCUGUUUUUAAUGACGUUAUUCUAGAAUGUUUUCUUUCCAGAUGAUGAUUGAGAAGCUAAUUUAAAAAAAAAAAUGGUGCCAGGUACCACGACAGUAACAGAACUUUGCUGUUUUCUGGGGUUUUGUUUUUUACCUUUUUUUGUUUUUUUAACGGAGUGUGCUGGAUGUCUCUCUACUUCUGUGCAGAUGACUGCAGAGCCUGGAAAAGCUGUUGCUGCUAUUGAUGCAUAACUUACUGCUAUUGGUCUUUUUUAUAUAAAUAAAUAUAUAUAUACAUAUAUAUAUAAUUUGAAUUUUUGGAAACUAGCUGUGCUGUCAACUUUGGAAAAAGUAUCCCAGGUGUACCGUGUUGGGUUGGCAUUGUACAGAAAUUAACAGCCAUAUUGGUCUAGAAACGUUGGACGUAAUUUUCUCCAUUUGUACAGGGGUUACGCACUGUGUUAAAUACGUAAGGUCUUAUCUACAUGGGUUUGAUUACAGAAACUAAUAAAGUAUUCUCUAAAUAAUGAA